CGAUUCGCAGUCACCAUGCCUGUCACUCUGUACAACAUGCCCGCCAGCCCGCCAUGUGGCUUCGUGCGCUGUAUUGCCAAGCAUAUAGGGGUCGAACUCAACGUCAUCGACUUGGACUUCACAAACAAGGAGCACCUAGGUGAGGACUACCUCAAGGUAAACCCAUUCCACAAGGUUCCUGCCAUUGACGAUGAAGGCUUCGUAGUUUAUGAAAGCUCAGCCAUCGCCUGCUACCUGCUGCGCAAGUACGCCCCCAAAUCCGAGCUGUACCCCGAUGAAAUCAAGGCACGGACGCGCAUAGACCAGACACUGGCCGCACUUUCAGGCACUGUGCAUGCUGUCCAUCCCCUGGCAGCGGUUUUCUUCCGGCCUGGCUUUUUUCUCAAGAAGACGCCCACAGCUCCAGAAGUGACCACUUACGAAGAAAACAUUCUCGACAACAUUGAGCACCUAGUCGGGGACAGCAUGUAUGCCGUCGGCGACAACGUCACCCUCGCCGAUCUUACCGUACUCUCCCACCUCGCCAUGGUUCUCGAGAUCGACUGCGUUGACCAUUCCAAGUACCCGAAGCUUGUUAGCUACUACGAAAGCCUGAAGUCCAAGCUACCUUAUUUUGAAGAAAUCUACAGGCCCGUCAUCUGCUACGUGAAGCAGCACUGGGCUUCGUUGCAUGCGCCCCAUCGCUCGGUCGCCCUCUGUACCAUUCUCGGUCCAUUGAGCCAGGCGGAAACCCUCCGGAGACGAUUCCCACGCGCCAUGCCCAUCACUCUGUACAACUUGCCAGGCAGCCCGCCCUGCGGCUUUGUGCGUUGUGUCGCCAAGCACAUAGGCGUCGAAAUGAAAAUCAAGAACGUGGACUUGGAGAACAAGGAACACCUCGGUGAUGAAUACCUCAAGGUCAACCCUUUCCACAAAGUACCUGCCAUUGACGACGACGGCUUCGUUGUUUACGAAAGCAUAGCGAUCGCCUACUACCUCCUGCGCAAGUACGCCCCAAGAUCUGAGCUUUACCCCGAAGACGUCAAAGCACGGACCCGCGUUGACCAGGCCCUCGCUGCCCUCUCCGGUACUAUCCAUCCCCAGGCAGCGGUCUUCUUCCGCCCUCGCUUCUUUCUCAAGACGAAGGCCAGUGCUGAAGAAGUGACAGCUUACGAAGAAACUGCUGUCAAAGGUAUCCAGAACCUCCUCGGGGAUGGAAACUACGCCGUCGGCAACAAGCUCACCCUUGCCGAUCUUGCAAUUGUCUCGCACCUCGUUCUGGCUCUCGAGAUCGACUGUGUCGACCAUGCCAAGUACCCGAAGCUUGUCAGCUACUACGAACGCAUGAAGUCGGAACUGCCUUAUUUCAAGGAAAUCUAUGGAGGUGCUAUCUGCUACAUUAAGCAGCACUGGGCUUCGCUUCAGUAAACUACAAAACUUACGCUACCUAACUAAUAAACGAGAAAGUUCAUGUUGUGACUGCAAA